AUGCAUUUUUAUGUUGCGGUCGGUCGGUGUCACCAAGAUGAAGUUUUUGGGACUAAAGUUAAAGGUCCGGGUCUUCAAGUUAAAGGUCCGGGUCUUCAAGUUAAAGGUCCGGGUCUUCAAGUUAAAGGUCCGGGUCUUCAAGUUAAAGGUCCGGGUCUUCAAGUUAAAGGUCCGGGUCUUCAAGUUAAAGGUCCGGGUCUUCAAGUUAAAGGUCCGGGUCUUCAAGUUAAAGGUCCGGGUCUUCAAGUUAAAGGUCCGGGUCUUCAAGUUAAAGGUCCGGGUCCUCAAGUUAAAGGUCCGGGUCUUCAAGUUAAAGGUCCGGGUCUUCAAGUUAAAGGUCCGGGUCUUCAAGUUAAAGGUCCGGAUCUUCAAGUUAAAGGUCCGGGUCCUCAAGUUAAAGGUCCGGGUCUUCAAGUUAAAGGUCCGGGUCUUCAAGUUAAAGGUCCGGGUCUUCAAGUUAAAGGUCCGGGUCUUCAAGUUAAAGGUCCGGAUCUUCAAGUUAAAGGUCCGGGUCCUCAAGUUAAAGGUCCGGGUCUUCAAGUUAAAGGUCCGGGUCUUCAAGUUAAAGGUCCGGGUCUUCAAGUUAAAGGUCCGGGUCUUCAAGUUAAAGGUCCGGGUCUUCAAGUUAAAGGUCCGGGUCCUCAAGUUAAAGGUCCGGGUCUUCAAGUUAAAGGUCCGGGUCUUCAAGUUAAAGGUCCGGGUCCUCAAGUUAAAGGUCCGGGUCUUCAAGUUAAAGGUCCGGGUCUUCAAGUUAAAGGUCCGGGUCUUCAAGUUAAAGGUCCGGGUCUUCAAGUUAAAGGUCCGGGUCUUCAAGUUAAAGGUCCGGGUCCUCAAGUUAAAGGUCCGGGUCUUCAAGUUAAAGGUCCGGGUCUUCAAGUUAAAGGUCCGGGUCUUCAAGUUAAAGGUCCGGGUCCUCAAGUUAAAGGUCCGGGUCUUCAAGUUAAAGGUCCGGGUCCUCAAGUUAAAGGUCCGGGUCUUCAGGUUAAAGGUCCGGGUCCUCAAGUUAAAGGUCCGGGUCUUCAGGUUGAAGGUCCGGGUCUUCAAGUUAAAGGUCCGGGUCUUCAGGUUAAAGGUCCGGGUCUUCAGGUUAAAGGUCGGAUCUUCAAGUUAAAGGUCCGGGUCCUCAAGUUAAAGGUCCGGGUCUUCAAGUUAAAGGACCGGGUCCUCAAGUUAAAGGUCCGGGUCUUCAGGUUAAAGGUCCGGGUCCUCAAGUUAAAGGUCCGGGUCUUCAAGUUAAAGGUCCGGGUCUUCAGGUUAAAGGUCCGGGUCUUCAGGUUAAAGGUCCGGGUCUUCAAGUUAAAGACCCAGGUUUUAAAACUAAAAAAUGGCAAAUUUACUAA